ACUAUAGUUAAUAUAAUAGAGAUUAAUAACGAUAAAUUGACUACUGCAACACACUGAGGUUAAAGCAAGGUCACCCAUAAGUAAGAGCGAAAAAGAUAUCUCUUUUUCAUUUUUAGGUACCAUUGAUGCGGAGCGAUAAGUCUGUUACAACUUUGAGGGGCGGCGUUUACAAGACAAAUUGUAUAGAGGCCCAAAAAAAAGAAAAAACUGUCUAUGGUAAUGGCAGGUGCGGCAGGUGACAGCCAGUGAGCCAGUGACAGCUGAUUUGCUGCUGAAUUUGCGGCAAAGUUAGCAAAUUAAACAACCGGUUUGAAUUCGGAUUUGUUUUUCUCUAUUUGCUUAGUUCGGUUUGUGUUGUUGUUUUAAUUUCCAAAGUUUCAAAUUUGAUAUUCUAUAUCCUUGUGACUUUUUGGCAAUACAACUGAUUUCUCCAAAAAUGGACGACAUGGACCUGGAAAAUACGUUCGUGCAGGCGGAUUCUAGAAACCUGCCAGAAGUUAAUACAAUGAUGAUUCUCGAAUAUAUUAUAAGCAGUAAGAAGCACAGUAUUGAUGAAAUAAGGGCUGUGAAAAAACUAGCGGCUUCGGAUGAAAACUAUAUCAUAGAUGCUGUAGGAUUCGUAGAGCUCACAAAGGAUGAAAAUGAAACUAAGUGCAUUGUUAAGGCCAAAGUUGCUUCAAAAGAAGAAACUGAAAUGAAAUAUUUCUCUGUAUCUGUUCAUGUAAAUGAAAGUGAGCAUACUAUUACCAACUCUUCAUGUGAUUGCCGUCCUGAGUCUGCAGAUGGAUGCUGUCACAGUUUGCUGUUCUUAUGCUGGUUGGAAAAUAAAUCAUCAAUACCUGAAAGAGCUCCAGUCCAAUGUUUUUGGCAUAAACCUCUGCUGGGAACUAAUUAUCCAAUGCUUAUUAAGGACAUUUUUAAAUCCAAGUCACAAAGGAGUGACAUAGAGCUGCCACCAAGAAAUCCUGAUGUGCUGAAGAAGUUUAUUGAAGAAUGUAAGAAGAGGAACAUUACAAACUCUCUUAUUAUGCACUACUAUUCAGAGGAACAGUAAAUGUUGUGGGUAAUGAUCACUAAAGUUCCCGCAAGCAAACAUCAGCUUUAUAAACUGUAAUAAAGAGUUAAAUAUUACUUGUAUGCGGGCAUUAGCGCAGCUCGGUCCGAAGCCACGCCCCUAGCCCGUUGACAAGCAUGCUGAUUGGUCCUGCGGACGGCCAAGCGAGAUGAUCGUGCGCAGCAUUGAGGCGGUACUCAAGUUAGAAUUUUCAUAAAUUGUAGCAAUGUCAUCGACGAAUUUCGAAAUUUCACAGAUAUUGGUGUCAAUUUCUAACACUUGCAUUUUAUCUUUUAGCUAAAGUGAAAAAGUUUGGUCAUAUUCAUGCCACUAUUUUUUAAAUAUACACAGGAAUUACCUACCUUUCCUGAUAAAA